AGGAACAAGCACAACCAUCCAACUGGAAAAGACCGCGACCCCAACCCCGGCCCCGGCCCCGCUCGGUAAUUAUGCGUGAGGCUAAUUCUCCCCUGCCCCUCUCGCGGAAUACAGAAGAAAACUGCGACGCAUGGUAAUGAGACGAGGAGCUAAACUCGCCUCAUCAAAUUCUUAAUUUAAGCAGGAUUUGCUUAAUUCUCAAAGUAUGCAGGAGCUCACGCAGGUUGUCAGCUACAUCGUCAGAGGGAGAAUGGUUCACCUCCGCUCGGUGGUUCUGUAGAGCAUUUCGCACAACGCACGUCGAUUGCGGUGCUGCCGGUUGAGGAAGAUGAAGAUUUUUCACAGCAUGCUUCUUCUCCUGCUCUUGGGUGUUUGGUUGCGUCCAUCCAACUCGGAUUUCGUUUCUGCCGAUUCGUGUCCAGAUCGUGACGAUGUGGAAUUAAAUCAGGCGUUCGGCGGAAUAAACCACCUUAAGCCUAAAGAUGCUCAAAACAAAUACAUCAAAGUGGUGGAGCCUACACUUGCUCCAAUUCACCUAUAUGAUUUACCAGGUUAUACCAGAAGCGUUUAUGAACGGGACUAUGCUCUCAUUACUCCUGAGAGUCAAGUUUUCUCGCCUAUCAGUGGCUGGAUCAACAGCCUUGCUGCGUUUCUCAUAACUCCCGCCAUGGGUUCACAUUUCUCCAUGUACUUUGUCAAGUUUCAGGGGAACUCUUCUGCUGCUCAACCUUCCAAGGGAGUGGAGAGGUUUGUGUUUGUAGUCGAUGGUCAGAUACAACUCUCUUGUGAAGGACAGAAUCAUCUUAUUCAGGCGGAUGGAUAUGCUUAUGUGCCUCCUGGUACAAUCCAUGAGAUUCGAUCAGAUGGAUCCUCCAUGCUGCUCAUUUACGAGCGCAGGUACUCCAACGAAGUAGGUUUAAAACCAGAACUGAUAGUGGGCGUGACGGAUGUGCAGCCCCUUCUGGAUACUCCCGGGGAGGUUUUUGAGCUUCGGAAGCUGCUUCCUACAAAUGGCGUAUAUGAUUUCAAUAUCCACAUCAUGGACUUCCAACCGGGAGAAUAUCUGAAUGUUAAGGAAGUACAUUACAACCAGCAUGGUCUUCUACUUCUCGAAGGACGGGGGAUUUACCGACUUGGAAAAGAUUGGCAUCCCGUUCAAGCGGGUGACGUGAUUUGGAUGGCACCUUAUGUUCCGCAGUGGUAUGCUGCUUUAGGUCGAACUAGAUCACGAUAUAUUAUUUAUAAAGAUGUCAAUAGAGAUCCACUUCUGCAUCCGCACUGACCUAGAACGCCGGAAAUUCAGAGAACCUUUGUUCCACUUUUGUCAAAAUUGCCAAAUGCGGAAGGCUGCAAUCUUACAUGGAACACCAUGCACUUGUGCUCAUGAUGCUCUUUUUUCUGUAUAGUGACUGCUAGGUUGUACCUUAGAAACGUAGCUGCUUUUAAGCUUGAAAAGAAGCCGCGAGACAGUUUUUUCUCUGGCUGUCCUAAUCCUCUACCUUGAACUUUGUAAUGCAAUUCUCAAGCUCUGUAGUAUAGUUCCUCUUCAAGUUUCAAAACUCAGAUAUUCAUUCUGAGCUUGUGUCGAAAGAAGGGAGAGCAAAGGAGUUUCCUUUUCAUUUUGUUCUUCUUUCAUCAUGAUAAUUCUUACAAGUGAAGGCAGUCAUUGGCUAUUUCCGAUGUACUGACGGCAGAAAGUGCUUUUAACGGAAAGGAUCUCACAACCGAAAGGGCUAAAGGU